ACUGAGAAAUAUGGCUGCUUCCCUGUCUGUAAACAUACGCGUUGGGUUUACGAAAGCGAUUUAGUUAUUUUCCAGGACGCCAUUAAUUCUGUAUUUCCACUGUACGUUCUUGUCACUAGAGCACUAAGAAGUAAUGACUUUUAUUUAAGAGGUUUUGGAUUUUUAUGCUCAAGGGAAUACGUAGCUAUUUCUGUGUUGUUGCUUUUAUUGUGACUAGCUAACAUUAGCUUCUCAAACUAAGAUUAUGGAUGACGAUGAUGUGUCCAUGCAUAGGCUGGAAGGGACUCAGCCAGGUGCUCAAGUUGGUGGUCUGAUAGUAAAGAAGAAGAGCGCUGCUUCAGAGCCACAUGUUUUUCGGGCACCUACACCACGCACCUCUUUGCUGGGCUUGGACCUGCUGGCUGCGCAGAAAAGGAAGGAGCGGGAGAUUAAAGAGCAAGAAGAGUCUAAUGGCAAUGAAAGAAACAGGAAGAAGUCAAAAGUUUCCUCCUACAAAGACUGGGAGGAAAGUAAAAGUGACUCUGGGUCUGAUGAUGAGGAGGAUGAUGAUACAAGUAGUGCCACAAAGAAAGAGAGGAAGUACCGUGUUACAGGCUCUGAGACUCCCUCCAAUCCUGGAGGCGUCAGCGAAGAGUUCAGACGCCGGCAUGAGCAGCGGGAAAAAGACAGGCGUGAGCAGGGAGUCUUUGCCUCCUCCAAGGAGGACAAGACCAGAGACAAAGAAAAGAGUAAAGAUAAAGGAAGGGAGAGACGGAGUGAGAGAGAUGAUCGAGACAGUAGACAUAGUCGGGGCAACAGUAGCAGCCGGUCGGAGCGCUUGGAACGCAGCGAGAGGAGUGAGCGCUCACAGCGAGAUGGCUGGUCCGAACGCAUCAGCAGAGGGAGUAAGAGAGACGAACCCGCGACACCACAGAAUCGCCCCCGAGAUGCUUUUACACCUUCCCGAUCUAACUGGGAUGAGGACGAUAGUGGUUAUGGUAGCUCACGGCAUUCCCAGUGGGAGUCUCCAUCUCCUGCCCCCUCUCACAGAGAGUCCGAUCGCUCUGAAAGAAGCCAUCGUUCUGGACGAGAGAGUGAGAGGAGGGACAGAUCAGUCAGAGGCCGAUACACUGAUGACACACCCCUGCCCACCCCGUCCUACAAGUACAACGAGUGGGCCAAUGAUAGGAAGCAUUUAGGCUCCACACCUCGUUUGUCACAAGGGAAAGGCAAAAAAAAUGAGGGAGGAAUAGCUUUUGAUGAUGAGGACGAGAAAGAACAGUGGGAGGAGGACCAAAAGCAAGCUGACAGAGACUGGUACAUGAUGGACGAAGGCUAUGAUGAGUUUCACAACCCUUUCACCUCCACCUCUGAAGAAUAUGUGAAAAAGAGAGAGCAGAUCCUCCAGAAGCAGACUCAAAAAAGAAUAUCUGCUCAGAAGCGACAGAUCAAUGAGGAUAACGAACGCUGGGAAACGAACCGUAUGUUGACCAGUGGUGUUGUGCAAAGGCUGGAGGUGGAUGAAGACUUUGAGGAAGACAACGCUGCUAAAGUUCACCUGCUGGUUCACAAUCUGGUUCCUCCUUUCCUGGAUGGGAGAAUAGUUUUCACUAAGCAGCCAGAGCCCAUCGUCCCUGUGAAAGAUCCCACCUCUGACAUGGCCAUCAUCUCUCGAAAGGGAAGCCAGCUUGUCCGUAAACAUCGUGAGCAAAAGGAACGCAAAAAGGCACAGCACAAACACUGGGAAUUGGCAGGCACCAAGUUAGGUGAUAUAAUGGGUAUCAAGAAGAAAGAGGAUGAAGAACCUGGAGGCAAAGUGGUGGGAGAGGAUGGCAAAGUAGACUACAGGGCUGAUCAGAAAUUUGCUGAGCACAUGAAGGAGAAGAGUGAAGCCAGCAGUGACUUUGCUAAGAAGAAGAGCAUUCUGGAGCAGAGGCAGUACUUGCCUAUCUUUGCCGUCAGGCAGCAACUUCUCAAUAUUAUAAGGGACAACAGCAUCGUCAUUGUUGUUGGGGAAACGGGUAGCGGUAAGACCACCCAGCUGACUCAGUACCUGCAUGAAGACGGCUACACUCGCUACGGGAUGGUGGGUUGUACUCAGCCCCGAAGAGUGGCCGCCAUGAGUGUGGCCAAAAGAGUCAGCGAGGAGAUCGGCACCAACCUCGGAGAGGAGGUUGGAUACGCAAUCCGCUUUGAGGACUGCACUUCGGAGAAAACGAUGAUAAAGUACAUGACUGACGGGAUUCUGCUUAGGGAGUCUCUGCGGGAGUCGGACCUGGACCACUACAGUGCAGUUAUUAUGGACGAGGCUCACGAACGCUCCCUCAACACAGAUGUGCUGUUUGGCCUGCUGCGGGAGGUUGUAUCUCGACGAACUGACCUGAAGCUCAUUGUGACCUCUGCUACUAUGGACUCGGACAAAUUUGCAGCAUUUUUUGGCAAUGUGCCUAUUUUCCAUAUUCCAGGAAGAACAUUUCCAGUUGACAUAUUGUUCAGCAAGACCCCACAGGAGGACUAUGUUGAGGCUGCAGUGAAGCAGGCUCUGCAGAUUCACCUCAGUGGGAUGGUGGGAGACAUCUUGAUCUUUAUGCCUGGACAGGAAGAUAUUGAGGUAACAUCGGAUCAGAUCGUGGAACGCCUGGAAGACUUGGAGAACGCUCCUCCACUGGCUGUGCUGCCCAUUUACUCACAACUUCCUUCUGAUCUCCAAGCGAAGAUCUUCCAGAAGGCUCCAGAUGGUGUUAGAAAAUGCAUUGUUGCCACAAACAUUGCAGAGACGUCUCUCACUGUGGAUGGGAUCAUGUUCGUUGUGGAUUCAGGCUAUUGCAAACUUAAGGUUUUCAACCCUCGGAUCGGUAUGGAUGCUCUCCAGGUUUACCCCAUCAGUCAGGCUAAUGCCAACCAGCGCUCCGGCCGAGCCGGACGUACAGGACCAGGCCAGUGUUACAGGCUUUACACUCAGAGUGCCUAUAAGAAUGAGAUGCUGACCACCACCAUCCCAGAGAUCCAGAGAACCAACCUGGCCAAUGUGGUCCUGCUGUUGAAGUCUCUGGGGGUCCAGGACUUGCUCCUGUUCCACUUCAUGGAUCCACCGCCUGAGGACAACAUGCUCAACUCCAUGUACCAGCUCUGGAUCCUGGGAGCUCUGGACAACACAGGUGCUCUGACCCCAACGGGGCGUCUGAUGGUGGAGUUUCCACUCGACCCCGCCCUCUCAAAGAUGCUUAUUGUGUCUUGUGACAUGGGCUGCAGUGCAGACAUCCUCAUCAUCGUCUCUAUGUUGUCUGUGCCAGCCAUCUUUUACAGACCUAAGGGUCGUGAGGAAGAAAGCGACCAGGUGAGGGAGAAGUUCUCAGUCCCUGAGAGCGACCACCUCACAUACCUGAACGUUUACAUGCAGUGGAAGAACAACAAUUAUUCCAGCAUCUGGUGCAAUGAUCACUUCAUCCACACCAAGGCCAUGCGCAAGGUGCGUGAGGUGCGUUCCCAGUUAAAGGACAUCAUGGUUCAGCAGAAGAUGAACCUUAUGUCUUGUGGCUCAGACUGGGACAUCAUCAGAAAGUGUAUCUGUGCUGCUUACUUCCACCAGGCAGCCAAGCUCAAGGGCAUUGGUGAAUAUGUGAACGUGAGGACAGGCAUGCCAUGCCACCUCCACCCCACCAGCUCCCUGUUUGGUAUGGGCUACACCCCCGACUACAUCAUCUACCACGAGCUCGUGAUGACUACAAAGGAGUACAUGCAGUGUGUUACUGCUGUGGACGGAGAGUGGCUGGCGGAGCUGGGACCCAUGUUUUACAGCAUCAAACAUGCAGGGAAGAGCAGACAGGAGAACCGUCGGCGGGCCAAAGAGGAGCUGAGCAACAUGGAGCAGGAGAUGGUCCUGGCUCAGGAGCAGCUGAGGGCGCGUCGAGAGGAGCAGGAGAAAAAGAGCAACGCCGGCAGUGUGAGGGCAGUGAAAAUCUGCACACCAGGGAGAAGAGAGGAGGCACCCAUGACACCCAGACACACCCCGGCCCGCUUUGGACUGUAAAACUCACCUCGACUUCUUAGAAGACACUGCCAUUCAAAUCUGGACCACACUAGCGCAACAACAACAUCCACAAAAAAAGAAAACAUUUCACUUUCCAUCUCCCUCCGGUCUCUUCUGCAGUUCAUGUGUAGGCCACAAGAGUGAGAACUUGCAUAAGGCUUGUAUGAGUCCUAAACAACACUGAGCCUCCCUCCACCUUCAGCGGCCACAUGAUACUAAAGGAACACAAGAACCACUGUUUUUAUGUUCAUUCUCUUUUUAUAUGCUCAACAUUGACAUUUGCCUGCUUGACAAAAAGUUAUUUUACACUAGGUGUUGUACUAAAAUCUUUUUUUUUUUCUUAAUUCUGUUGUCAGAGACUAAAAAAAAAAAAAAUUCAGUGUUGCUUCUUUGUGUAGUAGUUCUUGUGUGGUGGGUGGAACAGUGUUUGUCACCUUGAAGGGCUUCUCCACAGACUGAAGCGUCAUUCGAACUGUACUGUCCCAUACAGCUGGAUGGCAACGCACACAACUGUCAUGCAGGCUUUGAUGGUUGACCUUUUUUCUUCUUGGUGUUGAACUCGCUCCAGCAAAGUAGUGCACUGCAGCAUUGCUACUUCUUCAUGUUAGCCGUUACAGUUUCAUGGCUCUAAUUUAAAAACACAAACAAACCUUUUGCUCUGUAAUUUGUGCUGAAGAAAAAUAGUUUUCAAGUGAAUCAUUUUGAUGGACUCCCUUCCCUGCUCUCUCAGGUGGUUGAGAUUAAAGAUGCACCGAUCAGGUUUUUCCUAGGUAAAACCAGUUUUUCUUCUCUUUUUAUUUGUUAAAGAAUUGCAAGAGGAAAUGUGGUGCAGAUUCUUUGAUAAAAGUAGCAAUAGAAAAUGCAAGAGCUAAAAAAAAAAAAUCCUCAUUUAGCUUUAAUGUGUUACCUUUAUCUGGCUUUUAUUCAUCUAAAAAAAAAAAUUACAUGUUGAUUGUUGGUGUGUUUAAAGACUGGAAAUGGGGGGAGUUUAUUUUGUUGCAUUUAAGGAAUAGAGGAAAAAGCAGAUGUUCAAGAAAGGACAUCUGAUUCUGAACUGUGCCCAGUUGAUUGGUUCAUCCCUGGCUGAAAUAUAAAGCAGCUGUGGAUAAAUUGUAAACAUUGUGUUUGUUCUUCUAUCUCAUGCUUCUUUUAACAAUUGAUGUAAAUGGAAGAAAAUAAACAUUACAUAUUUUUUUGUAA